AUGAAAUUAAUACUAAGAAUUUCUAUCCCAGAAAAAUAUACUGCCAAAAUGAAUUAUUACUAUUUCUAAAAGAAUUUACUAUUUGUUUCAUUUUUAAACAAGUCUCAAAAAUUCUUAUACAGAUAUAAGCCUCAUUGUUUUUAAUUAUGGUGA